AUGCGUCUUCAACCGCCCUCCGGGACUGGAACACCAGUUGUCGAGAGUGCAAAUGCCUCUUUGUACGAACAGCCUAACGAUAUCACCGAUAAUGCUACCGGCGAUGUACCCAAGCGAACAGCCAUCAUCGGCAUGUCCUGCCGCCUUCCAGGAGACGUUUCCACGGCCGAGGAUUUCUGGGAUCUCUGCUCACGAGGCCGAAGUGCCUGGUCGCCGAUUCCGAAGAGCCGGUUCAACGCUGAUUCCUUCUAUCACCCUCAUCCCGAUCGACCAGGGUCCUUCAACCCAGUAGGAGCCCACUUCCUAAAAGAAGAUGUUGGGCUAUUCGAUGCGCCCUUUUUCAACAUUACACUCCAAGAAGCACGAUCAAUGGAUCCGCAACAGCGCAUUUUCCUCGAAUGUGUGUACGAAGCGCUCGAGAACGCUGGAAUCCCGACGCAUGAGAUCAGCGGCCAAAAGGUUGGAGUGUUUGCAGGUGCCUCAUAUCCCGACUAUGAAAUCAACAACACCAGAGAUAUCUCAGCUAUUCCAAUGUAUGCUGCCACUGGAACGGCUAUGUCAUUGCAGGCGAAUCGGAUUUCGUAUUAUUUUGACUUGAACGGGCCUAGUGUUACGGUCGACACGGCUUGCUCUUCAAGUCUGUCUGCUCUCCAUCUAGCUUCUCAGAGUAUUCGGAAUGGCGAAUGUUCGAUGGCCAUUGUGGGAGGAUGUCACCUGAAUUUAACCCCCGAGGCUUUCAUCUCGAUGACACGUUCUAGACUACUUGCCGACACUGGUCGCUCAUAUGCAUUUGAUCACCGCGGCACCGGCUUUGGACGAGGUGAAGGCGCCGGAUGUAUUAUAUUGAAAUCACUCGAGGACGCUGAGGCUGCUGGGGACGCCAUCCGGUCUGUAAUUAUUAACACGGGCCUCAACCAAGACGGUCGGACCAGGGGUAUUGCAAUGCCAAAUGGCGAGGCACAGGAAGCGUUGAUUCGUCAAGUUUAUGAAGAGGCACGGAUCGACCCGUCAUUGACAGGAUUUGUCGAGGCUCACGGCACAGGGACCAAAGUUGGUGAUCCUCUCGAAGCCACUGCGUUGAAUGCCGUCUUUGGAAAAGGACGGACUCCGCGUCAACCGUUGCUUGUUGGGUCCGUCAAAUCGAACAUUGGUCAUACAGAAGGAACGAGUGGUAUUGUUUCUGUGAUUAAAACGGCACUGGCACUUGAAAGAGGCUUCGUACCCCCGAACUGCAAUUUUGAGAAGGCGAAUGAUGAGAUACCCAUGGGGAAGUGGAAUAUGAAGGUUCCGAAGAAGCUGACCCCAUGGCCUCGCGGAAAACCAUACGCAAGUGUAAACAACUUCGGCUUUGGCGGGACCAAUGCCCAUGUUAUUAUGCAGCGCGGGCCCCGACACGGAGGCGACCUUGCAGCAAACAACGACCCCCUCAAGCGCAAGUUGUAUGUUAUCUCUGCGUACGAUAAACAGGCUGCUCUCCAGCUUGGAAAAUCAAUUGCAGCGUACCUAGACCUUUACCCGGUGGUGUUCAAUGACAGCACUUUGGAUAACAUGGCUUAUACACUGGGACAGCGACGGACAUUUUUGCCAUGGAGACUGGCAGCCUCUGCAACCCUUGGACAGGAGCUUACCGCAUCGCUGUCUAUAGACGCAGUCCCUGUUCGUUCUUCCAAAGAGCCUACUGUCGGCUUUGUGUUUACUGGACAAGGUGCGCAAUGGCACGGUAUGGGCAAGGAACUGCUGAGUACCUAUCCUGUUUUCCAGCGGACUAUGGAAGAAGUAGAUAGUUGCUUGAAAUCCCUCGGCGCUACGUUCUCAAUUAUAGAUGAAUUGCUCCUGACUGACCCCAACGCAAGCUCUAUCUCUGCCGCAUAUAUGAGCCAGCCUGCUUGUACCGCUGUGCAGCUAGCGUUGGUUGAUUUGCUCUCAUCAUGGGGUAUCCGCCCCAAGGCGGUGGUAGGUCACUCUAGUGGAGAAAUCGCAGCAGCCUACGCGGCUGGAAUUCUGAACCUUGAGGAAUGUGUCCGUGUGGCAUACUCUCGUGGUGUUGCAGCAAACCUGGUUGCAAAUGACAAGUCUAUCAACGGAGGUAUGUUGGCGGUCGGAGCUAGCGCCUCAGAUAUCCAGCAAAUUUUGGACGCCAUGCGAGGGAACAAGGCCGGUAUUGCCUGUGUGAACAGCGAGACAAGCGUGACUCUGUCAGGAGAUGCGGAUGUCAUCGCCGAUCUGCAAACUGCCUUGGACAAAGAAGGGAUUUUCACACGACGACUGCAGGUCGAAGUCGCUUACCACUCUCACCAUAUGAAGACUGUAUCGCAUGAAUAUCGAUGCCUGCUCGGCAAGAUUGCGCCUCGGGACUCUGAGGUUCCAUUCUACUCGACCGUUUACGGAAAAUUGGUUCCAGGGAGCGCUUUAGAUGGCAACUACUGGGUCGAUAAUCUGGUCUCCCGCGUGGAGUUUGUCGAGGGCCUGAAGAGCCUUGUGACCGAUGAGCAGGCAAGUGCGCCAAUUAACACAUUGGUUGAAAUCGGCCCUCACCCUGCCCUGCAAACACCCGUCAAAGACAUUUCCCAGAAAUACGCCCCAAAUUCCAACGUGCAAUACCUUCACACCUUGAAACGCAAGGUUGGUGAUAUCGAAGCCGUCCAAAACCUCGCUGGUUCGCUGUUCACGCAGGGCAUGAAUUUGGACUUCCAGGCUAUCAACUUCCCGAACUCGAAGACAGCAACAAGGAAGCCAGCCGUAAUGACAAAUCUACCUAAAUACCCGUGGAACCACUCAGAAAGAUAUUGGUUCAGCUCAAGACUAGGCGACAACCAUUUCCAUCGUCAAUUCCCUCGGAGUGAUAUACUUGGCUCAUUGUGCAUAGAGAAUGUCGACUUUGAGCCUCGAUGGAGGAACAUUAUUCGUGCAGAUGACCACCCUUGGAUCCGUGAGCACAAGGUACACGACAGAAGUGUCUAUCCAAUGACUGGAUUCUUGACCAUGGCCAUCGAGGCCAUCUCGCAACAUGCACAGAUGCACCAUGUUACUCCCGGAAAGGUCGAUCUGCGCGAUAUCUUCAUUAACCGCAUCCUCACUAUCCCGGAGAACUCGACCGUGGAGACAAUGCUCAGCCUGAAGCCAUCCCGAGCGGAAGCCCCUAGCAAAUCAGUCCUCGGCUGGCACGAGUUCAAGGUUUUCUCAUGGGCUGAGGGUCGCGGAUGGGACCAACACUGCAAUGGUUUCAUCAUGGUGCAUGAAGCUAAGGAUGUUAAUCCUGUCGACGGGUCUCGGCAGCAGCUUCAGUCCACUGCACGUUUCACCCAACAAGCAUUGAAUAUGCGCAACUCAUGCAAUGUGCUCGUGGACAGCAACGAACUCUACGAGAAUAUCACCAGUGGUGGUAUCAGUUACGGUCCUCUCUUCCAAGGACUCGCCGACGUCUCUGUGAGUAGGAAUCGUCAAGCAGUGGCUACCAUCCGCAUUCCAGACACGAAGGCAGCGAUGCCCCACGGGCAUGAGACAUCCUGCAUUGUGCACCCCGUUACACUUGAUCUAUGCUGUCAACUCAUGUGGGUCCUUGGUGGUUUCGGCGAGCCUGGCCCACACAUAACCCAUGUGCCGUCCUAUGUCAAGCAAGUGACCGUUUCCUUGUCUCAAGAACUUACUGCCGGCACUGUACUGCAGCUCUAUGGCAACAAAUCAGGAUGUGAGUCGGUAAGCAAUCCUGAGACCAACCACAUAUUCGCCACUGCUCCCAGCAACCCAGCGAAUCUGCUCAUUGAAAUCAGUGGUAUCAAUUUGGUGCCAAUAUCCAACGAUAUCAAAGGGUCAAAAGACACUUCCCCUGAUCAGAUCUGCUACAAGAUGCAAUAUGAGCCCUGUUUCGAUUUCCUGUCCGCCCAAGAUUAUCGUCAGCUUCCUCGUCCCGAGACUGAUGUGGCCCAAGGAAUUGAAAGAAUGCACCUACUGGAAUCUGUGGCCGAGCACUACCUUGCACAGAUGAUCAGAUCUGUGACUGAAGACGAGGUGUCGACUUUCGAGCCCCAUCAUCAGCAGUUCUACCGUUGGGCCCAGAACACUUGCCAAAAGGCGGGCAAGAAACCUCCCUUGCCCCUUGACGUUCUCGAACAGAACAGAACAGUCAACGGAGCAGGUGAGUUAACCUACAAAGUAGGAGAGUUACUUCCGCAAAUUCUUAGGGGCAAGGUAGACGCCCUGACUGUCCUUCUGGAGGAUGACGGAAUCGGAAGACACUACAGCGACCUCGACGCUCUUCGUGAGGCUUAUGCCAAUGCCUCUGUCUGUAUUGACAAGAUGGCACAUCAGAAUCCUACCCUCAACAUCAUUGAAAUCGGCGCGGGAACAGGCGGUGCCACAUUGCCUAUUUUGCAGAGUCUGGGCGGAGGCGAAGCAGGAUCUACCCCUCGGUUUGGGCACUACACCUAUACCGACAUAUCUCCAGGUUUCUUUGGAAAGGCCAAGACAAAGUUCGAGAACUGGGGACAUCUCAUGACAUACCAGACACUAGAUGUGUCGGCUGAUCCCACUGCGCAAGGCUUCCAUAAUGGUACAUAUGACGUUGUUGUUGCUUGCAACGUGCUGCAUGCUACUUCCGAUAUCAGCCAAACAAUGGCAAACAUCCGAGGCCUUUUGAAGCCUGGUGGCAAGGUCCUGCUCAUUGAGGAAACUGUACCCAAGGCACGUCACUUCCCAUUCGCGCUCCUCCCUGGAUGGUGGCUGGCAAAUGACAAAUUCCGCAAGGACGGGCCCCUCCUCACUGUCGAAGGAUGGAGAAAGGUCAUGGAGGAGAAUGACUUCUCUGGAAUUGAUUUGUGUGUCGAGGAGUACCCUGGAGCAUCUUUCCAAUCUGGUUGUCUCAUGACAUCCACCGCCAACAUCCCACCAACUGGUCCUACAAACCCCGGCGAUAUUGUGAUUCUCGGCAUCAACUCAAUCGGCACAUUAUCGUCCCUUGGCCUUGAAUACGGCCUCAGAAAGAUGACUGGAGUUGACCCCAUCACUGCUACGGACCCUGAUGAUGUUGAUGUCACCGGGAAAUGGUGCAUUUUCCUAGGGGGAAUGGAUCGCUCGAUCCUAUCGCACCUCACUGAGCAAAAAUUCCAGACCCUGCAGCGUCUUCUGAGCCGGGCUCGAGGCCUAUUGUGGGUUGUUCGUCACACUAAAACUGACCUAGAAUCCCUAGGCGCGAACAUGGCAAUCGGACUCGCUCGCACCGUGAGAUCGGAGACCGGCCUCCAAUUCGCCACGCUUGACCUGGGAGAACGGGAGACCAUGUCCGAUGCUCUGGCUGUCAGACACAUGCUCAAGGUAUUCAACGGAGUCUUCUGCCAGAAAUCUCAGCUGGCCCAGAAUGACUGGGAGUUUGUUGUCCGAAAUGGCAAAGUUUGUGUGCCUCGCCUGGUUGAUAACAACGCAUUGAACCUCAGUGUCCAGCAAGAGACACCAGAUGCGCCUCCGCAGAUGCAGCCUUUCAAACAAGAUCGGGCUUUGCGACUUGCCGUCGGUCAGGGCAGGGGCCUCGAUGAGCUAUACUUCACAGACGAUGUUUCCUGCAAUGGACCUCUGCCCGAAGACCAUAUUGAGAUUCAGGUCCACAGCACAGGUCUCAACUUCAGAGAUGUCUUGAUGGCCAUGGGCCAGCUUCAAGGCGACAGGCUCGGACAGGAAUGUAGUGGAGUUGUUACUCAAGUGGGAGCUGCGGUGUCUGACUUCAAGAUUGGAGAUCGAGUUUGUGCAAUGGCACCAGGUUCAUUGUCGACUUUCACUCGCUGCCCAGCCUCUGGGUCCUGGAUCAUUCCUGACAAUAUGCCAUUUGAGAUUGCAGCUUCGAUUCCAGCUGUGUUCUGUACUGCAUACUACUCUCUCAUUGAUCUGGGACGAUUGUCUAGGGAUGAGAGCGUCUUGAUCCAUGCUGCUGCGGGAGGUGUUGGUCAAGCGGCGAUCAUCAUUGCUCAGAGCGUUGGAGCUAAUAUUUUCGCGACCGUUGGUAGUAUCGAAAAGAAAAACUUCCUGAUGGACACAUACAAGCUGAAGGAAGAAAAUAUCUUCUUCAGUCGUGACAUGUCAUUUGCACAAGGUAUCCAACAAGCCACUGGUGGCCAAGGUGUGGAUGUCGCUCUUAACUCGCUUAGCGGUGAUGCUUUGCAAGCUACCUUCGAAUGUGUUGCGCCAUUUGGUCGCUUCAUUGAACUUGGCAAGCGAGAUAUUACCACAAAUUCUCGAUUGGAGAUGGCUCACUUCAACAAGAACAUAUCCUUCGCAUCUGUCGACUUGGGGAUGGUCAGAGAGAAGCGUCCGCAAUUGACCAGGCGGUUGCUGCGUGAUGCGUUCAAGCUGUUCGUCGACACCAACGCCCAGUCAAGGUGGUCUGUUACCACUCUUCCGAUCUCGGACGUUGAGAUUGGAUUCCGCGCCCUGCAGGGUGGACAAGUGAUUGGCAAAAUGGUUGUACAGGUUACGGAUAACUCGAUGGUCAAGGUACAUCCCGCUAGAAGGGAUGACAAUCUCCUCCGGCCAGAUGCUUCAUAUGUUAUCGUUGGUGGAACUGGCGGCAUUGGUCUCGACAUCGCCAGUUGGCUGCCAGAGAAGGGAGCCAAGAAUCUCAUCUUGGUUUCUCGAGGUGGUAUUAAGACUGAAAAAGCAGAGCAAACUAUCCGGGAUCUUUCUCGCCAGGGUAUCCAUGUUGAAGUGUGUCGCUGCGAUGUAGCAGAUAAGCAGAGCGUUGAGCAAAAUCUUGUUCCACUCCUCGCUCGUAUGCCUCCCGCUCGUGGAGUUGUAUACGGCGCUAUGGUUCUCCGGGAUACUCUCUUUGAAAAGCUUAGUUUCGCCGACUACCAGACCGUGAUGAUGCCCAGAGUCAACGGAAUCUGGAACGUUCAACGAUCAUUAGUAUCUACUAAUGCUAGCGUGGAUUUCUUCAUCAGUCUUUCGUCCGCCGCUAGUUUCGUUGGUAAUAUGGGUCAAUCCCCCUAUGCCGCCAGUGGAACCUUCAUGGCAGCGCUCGCCCAUUACCCCGAGACAGCCAAGAUGCGAUGCUCGACAAUUGAUCUUCCCAUUGUGCGCGGAGUCGGAUACCUCUCCGAUGACCAGAAGCGCGAGGCAAUCUCCAAACAACUUGGCACCGAGUCCGUUGACUCAACAGACAUCCGCGGUCUUGUGACUGCAGCAAUCCGCAACGAGUUCGACCUUUCAUGCGAGGGACACUGCGUGGUCGGGUUUGAAGCCGUCAAAUCUACACCGGCUAGUGAACAGCCCUUCUGGGUAAACGAUUCCAAACUGUCGCACCUAUUGCGCCUCUCCACUCUCGCUGGCGCGGGUGCGUUGGCCGAGUCUGCACAGAAUGGUACUGAAAUCUCGCUGGCACUUGCUAUCCGGCAAUCGAAGACCCGUGAAGGGGCUGAGAUCAUCGUUGGAGCUGCUGUGCUCAACAAGAUAUCUAGCAUUCUCAUGCGUCCGAUGGAAGACCUUGAUCCUGCUGCGCCUAUCUCCGUUUAUGGUUUGGAUUCGCUGGUUGCGAUUGAGAUCAGAAACUGGAUUACCCGCGAGUUGGAAGCGAAUUUGCAGAUCUUGGAGAUCUUGACUAGUGAAUCUGUCCCGGCUCUUGCUGAGACCAUUCUAAAGAAAUCUGCUAUACUUAUUCCAGACCUCAAGGCUGAGUGGGGUCUCGAUGUGGCUGAAGGCCGAACCGGCCAGGAAUGA